UCCAGACCGCGGCUCGUUCCCCGUGAGGCGGCGGCCGGGAUGGGGGCGGCUGCGAGGCGGGCCGGCCCGCGGGCGCUGCUGCUGCCGCUGGCGCUGGCCGUGGCGUGCGCGGCGCGCAGCGCCGACGGGCCCAGCAACAUGUUCUACGUGAAGGAGACUGUGGACAGGCUGCUCCAAGGCUACGACAUCCGCCUCCGCCCGGACUUCGGAGGUCCGCCCGUGGAUGUGGGCAUGCGGAUAGAGAUCGCCAGCAUCGACGUGGUCUCGGAAGUCAACAUGGACUACACCUUGACCAUGUACUUUCAGCAGUCCUGGAGGGACAAAAGGCUCUCUUAUUCUGGAAUACCUUUGAACUUAACUCUGGACAACAGAGUGGCCGACCAGCUCUGGGUGCCGGACACGUAUUUCCAAAAUGACAAGAAAUCAUUUGUCCAUGGGGUGACAGUGAAAAACCGAAUGAUCCGACUCCAUCCAGAUGGGACAGUCCUUUAUGGCCUACGGAUCACAACAACAGCUGCUUGCAUGAUGGAUCUACGCAGAUAUCCUCUGGAUGAACAAAACUGCACACUAGAAAUUGAAAGUUAUGGAUACACUACUGAUGAUAUUGAAUUUUACUGGAAUGGAGGAGAGUCAGCAGUGACAGGAGUUAAUAACAUCGAGCUCCCACAAUUUUCUAUUGUGGAUUACAAGAUGGUAUCAAAGAGAGUGGAAUUUACAACAGGAGCAUAUCCUCGACUAUCACUUAGCUUCCGGCUUAAAAGAAAUAUUGGAUACUUCAUUUUGCAAACCUACAUGCCUUCCACGCUGAUCACAAUUCUGUCAUGGGUGUCUUUUUGGAUCAAUUAUGAUGCCUCUGCAGCCAGAGUUGCUCUAGGAAUCACGACUGUGCUGACCAUGACCACCAUCAGCACCCACCUCAGGGAGACCUUGCCAAAGAUUCCCUAUGUCAAGGCAAUAGAUAUUUACCUGAUGGGAUGCUUUGUGUUUGUGUUCCUGGCCUUGCUGGAAUAUGCCUUUGUAAACUACGUAUUCUUUGGGAAAGGACCUCAACGUCAAAAAAAGACAGCAGGCAGAGCAGGACAUGCUACAGGAGAGAAGAGCAGACUGGAAACAAAUAGAGUCCAGGUUGAUGCCCAUGGGAACAUGCUUCUGGAGCCUCUUGAGCUACGAAAUAACAUUUGCACCAUCUUCCAUGAGCCCCGAGCCACGAGGCACACGAGCGACAGUGCCAACCUGCAGCACAGAAGAGCCACUUCCAGCAGAGACCUCUGCAGCAGGAGUGCUCUGGACAGGCACAGGCUCCAUAAUAAGGGACACCUACACAGGAGGGCAUCCCAGAUCAAAGUCAAAAUCCCUGAUCUGACUGAUGUUAACCUGAUAGACAAGUGGUCCAGAAUGGUCUUUCCCAUCAUGUUUAUUCUUUUUAAUGUUGUUUACUGGCUGUAUUAUGUCCACUAAGUUAUGCAAUAAUGUUACCACAGACUAAUAUAAUUAGACUUGUUUCUUUUCCUUCUCAAUUUCAUUAAUUCUGAAGAACUGCAAGUAGCUAUAAUGUUCCAUGUUCAACGUAAGAUUCUCCACCAUGGAACACUUCUAGACUUAAGCUUUAAAAAAAAGACAAUAACUCAACACAAAUCCAGGGUUGCAACAUUUAGAUCCAAACAGUACAGAUCAGCUUUUAAGGAGCCUCUUGAGAAAAACUGCUCUACCUUGAUUUUUACAAAGUUUAUGCAUCACCCGUGACCUUUCUGUGCCAAAUUUAAUUGCUUUAAAGUGGAAAUUUGUCCCACUGUAUUUCUUAUCACAUAUUGGCAGCUCACAGCAGCAUGCUUCCAAACACAGUCAAACUACUAGUAGUAUCUAUGUCAAUGUCCUUCACCAUUCAGAGUGUACAGAAAUUUGAAGAAAUUACAGUUUAAAGAAUUGUAACUAUUGCACCAUAGCUUCACUUCAGACUUAAUAGCUUUACUGGAAAGUAUUUCCAUAGUGUGUUUGAGAAGUAUCACUCAAGGAGAAGUCACGUAACAUUUUCAUAGACAGGGAUCUUCAAAAGAAAAAAGGGUAGCAGAGAGAAAUCCCACGGAGUAUCCAAGCAAGUAAUCACCUGAUUUGAUCUUAAUGGAAUUCUGUUAUUUCCACAAUAACAGAAGUCAGUAUUUAUGAGAACAGUUGUGCCAUAUGUAAUUUUGUAUUAAAAAGCAGAAAACAACCACAUGCUAAUUCCUUGAAGCAACUCUGUGGAAUACCCCAGGCCAAGAUUUUUCUUAAGGCCCAGGUUUCCUGUGGCUGGUAGUUGCAACAGUCUCCCAAAAGCUGGUAGAUGUCUGGGAACAGAUCUGAGGAAAUUUCUGCACACAGUUUCCUUUAGAUUUCUUCAUUCCACUGAGAACCAGGAGAUGCAGCUGAGCCUUACAGCACACUGGGAAUGCUGGUGCACUCCCCCUGAGGAGCUGCCUCUUCUUACCUGGCAGCCUAUUGCCUGACACAGCUCCAGGCAAGGAGCCACAGGCAAAGGGCAAGCAAUGUCCAUGCAGCUGAGAAGCAACAGAUCAGUCACCUUCUACCUAUCAUAAAUAGGUAUAAUAUAUAUUAAAUAAAUUAAAUUAAAGAAGUCUUGCAAACUGAACUUUCCAAAACUGCAAAAAACAGCACCAGGAGGGAGACAGCAGUAGGACCAUAUGUGCUGUCCCCUGCCAACACAUAUUCCAUUAAACAGUUUUGAAUUCUUUGAAUUCAAAUGAGACUUAACAGUGUAAGUCCAUGAGCCAUGGAAUUUGCCUGCUUUGUGCUUAUACACAAAAAUUAGUUCAAAGAAAGUAAUGAAUUCUGCAGAUUUAUAGUGUAAAAUACAACCAUCAGUGAUUCAUGUUUUGCAUUACCAGAUUUCCAAAUGACAUUCACAGACAGACCUCAGGUAAGUAAUUAAGCCCAUCUGAUCCAGUGGUGAAGAGAUACUGCAACCUCUCCUUACAGCUGCAGUGAACAUUUUAAAAGAGCCAACGUCUAACAUGACAUCAAAAAGUCUUUAUGUUUAAAAAAAAAAGGAUCCUUUGUUUUGUAUUACAAGGGCAAAGAUCAGCUUUACUGAUCUUCAGCAUUUCUUUUGCAGGCCCCUAACAUAUCCAUACACAUAUUUUUCUAGUUUAGGGUUCAGCCAGAUACUCCUGGCACAAUUGAUAGGUACGUGGACUAAAAUCAGUUACAUUGUACAGUUCCAAGCAAAAAAAAUUUAUAAAAAAAAAAUGGAGCAGAGUAAAAGCCAUUAACAAAACAAGAGCAGAGCACAUGCAAAACUCCUUAAGAACAGCAUGUCCCAAAAUAGGAGGAUGUAGCCUUCUGCCCCAGGAACACUGAACACAUACCUAUCCAAACCCCAGCCCCACAGGACAUUCUGGGCAGCACACACCAAGGCCUGUGUGCAUCAAGAGCUGGAAGCCACCACCACCACCUGAGUCAGGAAACAGCUGCCAGCUCUCAGUGCAAAGUUUGGCAGCAGGGACUAAUGACCCAUCACAUACAGAGAAAAGAGCCACUAACUGUAGGCACAACUUAAAAGCAGAAGAAAUCAUUUCUCACCUGAGAGCAAUAGCUUGGCAGCAAGGAAAAGCCAGUGGUUAUUAGUGGCAUGGCAUGGCAUGGCAUGGCAUGGCAUGGCAUGGCAAAAUGAGUCCAUUUAUAGGUUACCCAGGUACAGUGCCAUCUGGAGCUAGAAAUUAUGGAGCACAAAAGAAACACAAUCUCUUCCCAUCAAUAAAUUGGAGUAAUUUGGCUGACUUUAUGCAAUAAAGCUGAAUAAUGCUGUAAUGCCAAGUUCCCUUACAUUUGUACUUUAGUAGUUUCCCUACCCUGAAGAACCAGACUUCAAGAUCAGCACAGGUAAGGCCCUAUUGCUAAUUAGGUUUUAGCUAAACUCCUAUGCAGUUUGUGCAGCUCUCAUGCAAUUUCUACUGGAAGUCAUUUUUGGCUGGGUUUCCUGAGGCAUUGAGUUUCUACUGUCCCUGAGCAUGUACAUUUGUGUGCCUACCUGGAGUCUCCCAACAACAUUUGAAUCUAUUGAGAAUAUCAACCAAUAAUUUUCUUUUUGUUCAAAAGCUAAAAGAACAGUACAGAUCUGAGAUACUACAUUCCUACAAGUUUCAACAAAGCAGCUAGGUUAGCAGAGGACAAAGUUCACAUUGUCAUCUGCCUCUUCUCUGGCCGAAAGAAACUUGAUGAACUCCAGCCUUAUUAGACACAAAAGCCAGUCUUUUCAGUGAAACAAGAAUAUUUUUGACAUUACAUUGCUUUAUGCUACCACUGAAUAGCACAGAGGUUGCAAUUUCAGAAUAUCUGCUGGUUCACCUAGUCCACCCGUACAGGAAAUGUUCCUUCCCUUUGUUCUGCAAGUGGAGCAUUUCUUGACAUAAAUCACAAGGAAAGUCACCCAGAGGCUGAGGGCCACAUUCCACCAGCUGUUUCCCAUCACCAAGGAGCCUGUUCCCUGAAUUCUCACAUAUUGAGGAUGCAUUGCUAACAUGUCCUUGGGAGUAUUAGUAAAAAAAGGCUAGAUUAUAUCUGUUAUGUAAAAAAAUACUUUAAAAAUGGGUUCUCUAUUACAAAGCUUGACCUCCCCACAUCUGUGACUGUGCAUUUCUUCCUACCUCCUUGGGCACCCAAUCAUCCUGCAGCCCAAGGAAGGCAAGAGAUCACAUGAGAAUAAUGAAUUUCAGCAUGUAGUAAUGCUGAAAUGUAUAUGCACAGAUU